AUGGAGAGGCGAUCAUAUGCUGCGCUGCUGUUUGCAGUUGCGAUUGUCCCGCUUGCGAUAUGGCUAAGGGCAGGCUCUCAAUCACCAUCUUCAAGUUGCCGCUGCUACCCUGGUGAUCCAUGCUGGCCUUCGGUCAAUGAAUGGAAGUCUUUGAAUGUGUCUCUCUCAGGCAAUCUCAUUUCUGUUCAUCCCAUUGGCAGCGUAUGCCAUACUGACUCCGCUUCAUAUGACAGCGAGAAGUGCUCAGAUUUGCUCGCUCGCUGGCCAAUUCCCGAAACUCACUCGAGUCACCCAUCUUCGCCGAUGGCACCUUGGUGGAGUAACGGCUCUUGCUCACCAUUCGCUCCAGCUGAUAGCCCUUGCACGAUUGGACCUCUGGCUCAAUACGCAGCAAAUGUUACAUCAGCUGCUAACGUGAGGGAAGUCCUGGAUUUUGUGAAAAAGCACAACAUUCGCUUGGUCAUCCGCAACACAGGUCAUGAUUACCUCGGAAGAUCCACUGGCGCAGGUGCGGUGAACUUAUGGACGCAUAAUCUCAAGUCCAUUAAGACCAUACCAAGCUAUGCUUCAUCGGGCUACAAAGGCCCUGCUAUGAGAAUUGGCGCCGGUGUUCAGGGAUUUGAAGCUCAAAAUGCUGCUCAUGAAUCAGGAUAUGUGAUUGUGACAGGUCUCUGCCCGGAUGUGGGCAUUGCGGGUGGCUAUACCCAGGGGAGGUCAUGGCUCACUGGCUUCACGAUAUGGGUUGUCCGCCGACCAAUGAUUACCGCGGGAGGCGAGUUGAAGACUGCUUCACCUACUCAAAAUGCGGACCUUUACUGGGCGCUGAGUGGAGGCGGUGGUGGAACGUAUGCUGUCGUGCUCAGCAUGACAGUUCGAGUUUAUCCCGAAGAGGAAACUUCUGUUGCUUCACUGUCUUUCACCUCCGGAGCUGGAACUGACCCAGAAGAUGUUGAUCAUUUCUGGUCAGUAGUCAAAGCUUUCGUUGUGGAUACACAAUCUCUUCUGGAUGCUGGUGACUGCAAAUUCUCUAACCGAACCCUUUUAGAAUACAAGAUCAAUAGCUUCCCAAGCUACCAUGCCGCAGUCGCAAACCAGGCAGUGAAUCUCACCGAUGCUCACGUUGGAGGUCGCCUUAUCUCUCGAGCCUCGAUCCAGUCUCAGCCAGAUCGCUUCAUCUCCACAGCCAGAGAUAUUAUUGACCUCAACACGGCCUUCUCCGGUUACCAUAUGAAUGUCUCUCGGCCUGGGAACAUGGAAGAUCAAGUUUUCUACUCGAAUGCAGCCAAUCCCGUCUGGCAGACAACGGCAUCUUCUGUUGUGAUUGGAAUCCCAUACCUCCACACGGACCGCCAAUUCAAUGUUGACGGACAAAAGCUCAUGGCAGAUGUGUUGAUACCCAAACUCGAUGCACUGGUGCUUCCUGGUGAGGUUUCUGGUAUCUAUAACAACGAAGCCGACUUCAACACCCUGGAUUGGCAAUCCGAAUUUUACGGUGGGCACUAUGACCAACUCCAGGCUAUCAAGGAUAAAUAUGAUCCUGAUCAGAUCUUCUAUGGUCGCACUGGGGUUGGGAGUGACCGGUGGGUGGAAAAUGACGAUGGACGGUUAUGUCGUAUCUGA